CUCCUCCUCCCUCCUCGUGACAUCAACUCUCUCUCUCAUCUCUCCAUCAACUCUCUCUCUCUUCUCUCCAUCAACUCUCUCUCUUUCUCUUCUCUUAUUCUCAGAUCUAAAAGUUGUGAUGGAAGAGGGUUCGGGAUCAUCGAGGAGGGUCAAUUCUGGUCGGAGACGCUGCUUUUGUCGGUUGCCGGCGACAGUAGUGCAAUCGUGGACUGACAAAAACCCAGGGCGUCGAUUUUAUGGCUGUCCACGAUUUAAGCCUGGACAGGAGGUAGGCUGCAAAUACUUCUGGUUGUAUGAUGUAGAGGAUGGUACAAAUUGGCAGAGAUUAGCAUUGCUUGAAGCUCGUGAUGAAAUCCGUGAGAAGGAUCGAGUUAUUAAGCGGUUGAAGCAGACCAUUUUACAAAUGAGAAGCGAUUUGGGCAAGAAUGAUGAAAAUGAAGAUGAAAUUCUCAGGAAGUUUGAAGAAUUCUAUGUUUAAGUUUGUUGAAAAAAACCUAUGUAUGUUUUACUGAGUUUCAAUAAGAGAUCUCGUUUGAAUAACUACUAUGUAUGUUUUACUGAGAAUAACUAGAG